AUGGCGGGCCGGCGCGGAGCCCUCAUCGUGCUGGAGGGCGUGGAUCGCGCGGGAAAGAGCACGCAGAGCCGCAAGCUGGUGGCCACGCUGUGCGCCUCGGGCCACCGUGCCGAGCUGCUCCGCUUCCCGGAAAGAUCAACUGAAAUUGGCAAACUUCUGAGUUCCUACUUGGAAAAGAAGAGCGAGGUGGAAGAUCACUCGGUGCACCUGCUUUUCUCCGCGAACCGCUGGGAGCAAGUGCCAUUAAUUAAGAAGAAGUUGAGCCAAGGCAUCACCCUCGUUGUUGACAGAUACGCAUUUUCUGGUGUCGCCUUCACCAGUGCCAAGGAGAAUUUUUCCCUGGACUGGUGCAAGCAGCCGGACGUGGGCCUCCCGAAGCCGGACCUCGUGGUGUUCCUUCAGUUACGGCUGGCAGAGGCCGCCACCCGGGGAGAGUUUGGCCGUGAACGCUAUGAGAACGGGAACUUCCAGGAGCGGGCGCUGCGUCGCUUCCAUCAGCUGAUGGCGGAUAAGACUCUGAACUGGAAGAUGGUCGACGCCUCCAAAAGCAUCGAAGAUGUCCACAAGGAGAUCCACGCCCUCUCCGUGGACACCAUCCGGGCCGUCACGCAGAGGCCGCUGGGGGAGCUGUGGAAGUAG